GUAAAAAAACUUCUGGGUACCUGCUAUGACAACCACAUCUACAACAACAACGGCAAGCUGAAUAUUAGGGUAUCAUUUUGACAUGUGAACCACCCGAAUGAAUUCCGACCGUUCGUUGUUUGGCUCUGCUGGAACCAACGGAGCUGCCUGAUGCCGUGGAGGGGUUCCCUCCCCCCCUCUCAUUACACUCGAUUCGAAGGACCAGUCUUAUAAGAGUCUUGGCUGUUGUCGACAUCUGACCCCCAACUUCCAUCGAAGCAGAAAAAUAAAGCAGCUGAGUAUCUAAACUCAUUCGGAACUUUUCAAAGAUUUUAAACCCUUUUUUUUAGAUGUGUUUUUCUGUGUUUCAAAAAUAUUGCUGUGCCUCCAUAUUUAUAUAUAUCUAACCAGAAGCUGCCAGACGCACAGACAGACAGCCAAAGUUUCUGAAGACAUACAUUACUUUUAUUGGGAUAAUUCUCGGAUUUUUAUUUUCCUCUUGUGCUUGACAUUCUGUUGUCCAAAUUCCAAUAUGAACCGACAGAAAUCUAAGAUUCCACCAUUUGUGGUUGUGGGUGGCCUCAGAACUUAAUCCGUACAAAAAUAUAAAGAUGUCCUGUAUUGUGUGAAGCGAGGACGCAAACAUAAGAAUGGUUUCAUUUGUGUUGUGUUAAAAGUGAAAUCUUGGGACACGACCCCGACCGAACAUUGUUUACCAAUGAGAAGAUAACAGCAAAUUUGAAUUUUCUUUUUCUUCUGUUCGUUUUCUAUUUUCUCCAAAUUUUAGAUUUAGAAGGAAUUCAGCCAACACCGAAAUGUAUUCGGCCCAGUCCAAUGAUAACUGCUUUGAGAAUUGUGGAGGUGGAGGCCAUAAUCACUCUCAGUCUUUUUCACCACCAAAUGGCCAUCACCACCACCAUCAUCACCACCACCAUCACCAUCACAACAACAACAACAAUGGCUCGUUCAUGUUUAAACCAAAAGGUAACGAAGCCCGAGACAAGCCGUUCAAAUGUGAUAUCUGUCGUAAAGGUUUCACACUGAAAGCCUACCUGCAACGGCACCAGAUGGCGCCAGAAGCUGGCAAACAUUUCAACUGUAACUUCUGCAGCAAAGUGUUUCCACAGCGAGACAGGUUAGAGAAACACGAGAGGACGCACACAGGUGAGAAGCCCUUUACCUGUGACAUUUGCUCCAAGUCAUUCUCACAGAAGUCUCACCUGAACACACACAAAAUGGUUCACCAGGGAAUUAAACCAGCCAACCGUGUGAAACACAAGACCCUUCACAACCAUUCUAGCAACAUGGCAAUGAUGGUUCCUCGAAAGCAGUUUCAUAACCACGCCCACAAUCAUGGUCACACCCAUACACACAACCACAGUCAUAAUCAUGGCCACACCCACUCUCACAACCAUGGCCACACCCACAACCACGCCCACAACCAUGGCCACAACCACAAUCACAACCACAGUCACGGCCAUUUUCACGGAAGCAAUGUGUCGUUCCAGAAUAGCGGACACUUUAACUCCAAAGCAUUCCCGAUUAACAGAGGAAAUGAAGCUCGAGACAAGCCCUUUAAAUGUGAUGUAUGUCGCAAGGGUUUUACUUUGAAGGCCUACCUACUCAGGCACCAACUUGCCCCUGAAACUGGCAAACACUUCCCUUGUCCGUUUUGCAGCAAAGUCUUCCCACAGAGGGACCGUCUUGAAAACCACCAAAGAACACACACCGGAGAGAAACCGUUCACGUGUAACCUUUGUGGGAAAAGUUUUGCGCAAAAGUCCCACCUGAAUACACACAAGCACACACACAGUGGCGAGAAACCACACCAGUGUCCCAUUUGUAAUAAGUCUUUUGCCCAGAAGGACCACUUAAACAAGCACAGACGAACUCACACUGGCGAGAAACCUUUCCAGUGUACAAUUUGUCUGAAAACCUUCUCCCAGAAGACCCACCUGAAGCAGCACAGUCGCAUUCAUGUCGGGGAAGAAUUCUCUCAGUCCAUGGGCCACAACCAUCAUCAUCAUCAUGUCCAUAAUCAUACCCAGCACCAAAACCAUCACACCAACAGCAGCCCUUCGGAGUCUCAAAUGACUGCUGAUAGUGGCCAUGGAAACAAGCAGCAAACAUCAGCCCUUGUGUCCAGUGGUGGUGGUGGUGGGACUACGACCCACCACCAGAUGGCAGCCAGCUCUAGUUCGGCAUCGACCUCGUCUGGGACAGCAUCAACCCAUCAUUCAUCGUCAAUGAGGAAACAGCAACCACAGCACUCGGCUACGUCACCGUCUCCCACUGUCGUCACAUCGGGGACCCUAGCUUCCAAUUCUUGCUCUCAUCAGAUGACGCAGUCUUCAUCAUCACAGCAUGCCGCUCCGCCACCGCCACCUCCAAGGAAGCAACAGCAGCAGCAGCAGCAGCAGCAACAACAGCAACAGCAGCAGCAGCAGCAGCCUCCCCCGCCACCACCACCGCAACAGCAACAACAACAACAACAGGCUCAACAUCACCAUCAUCAUCAACAGCAGUCCACACCAUCGUCUUCCCCAUCUUCAUCGUGUCAAAUGAUGUCCCAACAUCAAGCAGGACUCCGCAAAUCGUCAUCCUCAUCGUCAUCAAUGUCUCCCGCAGCCUGUUCCCACCAGAUGAUGUCUCAACACGCUUCCAUACGGCAGCAACCAGCCACUGUAGCAUCGGCAUCGAUGAACUCCACAUCUCCCCAUCAACUUCCACAGAGACCUGACAAUAACUACUGGAAACGCAGCUUCCCAGUUACCACAGGCUGGAACUCGGGUUGGUCCAACCAACCAGCUACCACAACGUAUGGUGUCGGGCAAAGAAAGUGCGAGAGCCAAGAGGCUGUACGCUACAUUCAGACUCUUUUACAAUAACUUUUCUGACAAAACUUGUGGAGAAACAAGUCUGAAAAGACAAACAUGAGAAUUCUGUUUGUAGACCAUUUUUUUGAAACGGUCUGCAAUUCCAUCAUUUGAUUUAUUCUUUCUUUCAAACUCCAGAGGGAAAAAAAUCUUGUCAAGUCUACGACAAAGGGAUUCCCUUGAUGUGUCUCCAGUCCAGGGUGCAAUGAAUAUUUUUCUAAAAAAAAACUGUUCUUACAUCAUUAUUUCUUGUCGGUCUUCAUUAGUCCACUUCCUUCUUUAUAGAAAGCUGUGGUAGUUUGUCCUACAAUCAGUGUAGGAAAUUAGGACAUGAGAUGAGUUGGUGGGAAACCACCUGUGAGACUCCUAGCAUCACACACACAUACACAAACACACACACACACACACACAUACACAAACACACACACACACACACACAUACAAAAUGAAGAAAAUUGAGAUGUUUAAAUGAUAGCAAGGUUGUAGCUGGGAACAUCACAAGAAUCUCUUUUUCAUCCAGGCUACAUUCUUUAUUAAAUCUGCUGGCAUCAUAUCCUAUAGAAAGAUGUCUGCAGUGAGUAAUUUUAUUGUCAAGUAGAAACCCCUACUCCUUUAUAUGUCAUACUUAUUCCUUAGUAAACCCUUGUAGAGUCUCCAUUAUAAAUAUAUUUAAACAAAAAACAUCUUUUUCUUUUCUCUUUUUGCAACAAUGUUUUCUACUUCAAUGGGGUGUUUAUAAUUUGUCAUUUUCUAUAUAGAGCAGCUGGCUGUCCUUUUCAUUUUAAGGGUCUUUUCACUUUAGCCUCUUUUUUACAAUUAGUUUUUUUUUUAAAUUUCUUUCAAAAGGCCACAAAACAGAGCUUUGAUUUCAUAACACUUCAAUCAACGUUGGGCUGGCUCUUUUCAACCCAAGACGCUCAAAGCUGGUUACUUUGUUUUUAAAUCAAUGUUAUGAGGGCUGUCCUAAUUAGCCAGCCAUCUAAUUACUUAGACAAGCCCUGAUUCAAUUAACUUCAGUGAUUUUAUUCAUCGUUUUUCAAUGACGAUUGUCCAGAACAGUUGCAUCAGAUUCUUAUAUGGCUAUUUUAAAAACUGUUUUCAUACAAUGGUGUGGGUUGAAUGGGUCUGCAAACAUUGACAUUAUAUUGGUGCUGACACUAAUUUUACUACUGAAUUUGUUCUCUUCUCUCUCCUAACAUCAGACCCCACUCAACCACGAAGCUGGAGUAUGGCAGCAUAGUUAGAGGGGAGGGUGAAGAAAAAGACUUGUCUCACAGACAGAUGCUGUUGAUUGUGUUCUGUGGCAAGAUCUAAGCCUCCCCGUUGCUAUGACCCUCCCUGGUAGACUUGGAGCAUUAUCAAACUGUUCAACCUAUACUUCACGCACACAGACACAUACACACACACACACACUCACAUACAUACAUAUAUAUAUGCAUAUAUAUAUAUGUAAAACUUUACUUUUCCUAGCGGGAGUGCCCUGUUGUCCACACAACAUGCCCACCCCUCCUACAGCAAUCCAUGUAUAUACAGCCACUCCCAUAAACACACACAAACACCUGUGUGUUCUCAUGAUUUACAUUACCAAGAUUUUUUCAUUUUCUGUUUGUUUUUAAAAUCUCUAUAAACGAAUGAUAUAUAUGUGUAUGUGUGUGUAUACACAUAUAAAGCUAUGUACACCAUGUGUUGUAUAAACUUCUGACUACAAUCAAUAUUAAUACUACUACGACUACUGCUACUACUACUACUACUAUUUCAUUAUAUCCAGUGAAUUCUAGAUUUUUUUUUUGCCCCUCUUUGUCUAGCCUCCGAUGUCAUUAUUUCAAACCGAACCACUGUUGUGAUACCAUCACAGUAUGGGCCCUACGCUGGCCCCUUUCGCUUCAUAUGGGGUUAACAUCAAAGAUGGCGCCAAACGGAUCUUACUAGGGAGUAUGUUGCCCGACUAAAUUGUGUGUACAUAGAACUAUACAUCCUUGUGUGUAUGUAUGUGUGCAGUGUAUGUAGCUACAUGUGUGUGUGUAUAUAUGCACCUAUAUAAAUAUAUACAUACAUAUAUAUGUAUGUAUAUAUAUAUAUAUAUGUAUAUAUAUGCACGUGUGUGUACGCAAUAAACAUUGCUGAGUUUGUAUAAAUAUGCUUAAUCCUGUUCAUGUGUUUCUUCUGUUGGUAUGUCUCCAGUUCACACCACACUGCAUACUCCCCCUUUCUUCCCUCCACCCCCAUACAACGCCACCAUUACCACCCAACAGCCCCUCCCCCCUUCUCCCUGAUCAUGACAAUUCAUAUCACACUGCUGCUUGCUAUUUGCUGCACUUUCCCCCCACGCACCCAUAUGCAGCUUAUUGCAACGACAUCCUGUAGCAUCAAUCAACCCAAACAUGCCAUGAAUCUUCAUCAGUCUCCAUCAAUCACCAUCACUCUCCCUAUUGGCUUUUUAAUGUUUUGACUUAUUACUUGGCUGCAAAAUUUUCUUCCUUUUUCUGGUUUCAUUUAUAUGUUGUUAAUUAUUUCAGCUUUGCUCCUCAACUUUCUUUCCUUGAUGAAAUGAAAUACCAGUUAUGUACUGGGUUUCAGUGUAACUUACUUUUUUCCGUCCCCUAAAUUUCAGGUCUUGUGCCCUAUGUGGUAGAAAUUACUAGAGUUAGAGCAAUGGCUGGUAGAAACUGAAGAGGGCACAGAAAAAUACCUGGUGGUGUUUAGUUACAUCCCUUCAGCUUCUGGGUUUAAAUCCCACAUUACAUUGGCUGUGUUUUUUUUAUAACCAUCUGUGAAGUAGGGGUGGGAUUUGUACCAGUCAUGAACUGGGGUUUAAUGUAACCUAUUGGCCUCUCACCUUGGCAAUUCCUUGUGUUUGGGUCUAUUUUAGAAGGAAUUCUGCUGCCGUAUCAAACCAAAUUGUCCUGUGCUGUUCUGUACUUAGACUGGUUUCAAGCAGUGAAACAUGGCCAUGCUGGGGCAUCACUCAAGGUUCUGGUUGAUAAAUGACUAAGUCAGGGGGAUUUACUGAUAUACUGUGAUUCCAGCAAACAAUGUUUUCAAGUCUUGCAAGAGUUGCCUUCAACAUAUCUCUUCCCCCUGGGGCUUAUUAUUAUUAUUAUUAUUAUUAUAAUACAAGCUGGAAGAAUCGUUAAAUGGUAAACCAAGCAAAAUUCCUGCUGCCAUUUCAUCCCUCUUUACAUUUUGAGUUCAAAUUCCACUAAAGUCCAUUUCAUCUUUUAUCCUUUCAGGGUUGAUAAAACAUACCAGUUGAGCACUGGGAGUUGAUGUAAUCAACUUAUCCCCUCCCCACCAAAUUGCUGGCCUUGUGCCAAAAUUUGAAAUCCUCCUCCUCAUCAUCAUUAUUAUUAUUACUAUUAUUAUAAAUGGUUUCUGAUUGAGGCACAACUUGCUUUUUUUUUCUUUUAGGAGAGGGUUUUUAUCCAUUUCUAUUCUUCCCUGUAUUUUACUGGUUGCUUCUCUGUUUUAUCAGCCUCGAAAGACCAGAAGGCAAAGCUGAUCCUGGUCAGAAGAAAUCACCACACGUCAGAAAUGGUACAGCACCAAAGUAUUUGGUUUCAUGUGUGUAUAUGUUCCGUUUGUCUCUCUCUAUCUCUAUGUAUAUAUGUGUGUGUGUGUGUGUAUGUAUAUAAAAUCCUUCACAAACCAUGGAAGUAUAAUUCAGAGAUUAAAAUAUGAAAAUUUCCUAUUUAUUUACGUCUGCUGCCAUUUUUCUGCUGUGAAAUCUUUUCAGUGAUUUUCUUCAUUUCCAAACGUUUUCUUCCUUGAUUUUAACCUCUCUUAAAACCUGGGAUGGGCCCUUAACGCUCAACGUCUGGAUUCUGAUUCCUGUUGGUUUUACUCUUGAGGAAAGCAUGAAUGUUACAACAUCACAUUUUCCUAGAAUUAGUCUUGUUUAUGAAAUUAAUUUGUAAACAGAAAACAGUUCAUUUGAGUCUUAUUGGAAACUGGAUGUCAGUAUUUGGUGAAGUUGUGGCUGUCAUGCCAACUAUUUUGUGCUGAUAGUUAUCAGCAUCCCACAUCUGACGGGAGCCGGUCAUGACCAUUCCAUCUUAUUUUCAGGCAUAAUACAUCAAGGACUACAUUAUCUAAUGUUUCUUUUUUUUUUUUUGUUAAGAUUGAAAGGUUUAAGGCUGAAUUGGAAGCUUGUCCCCUAAAGUCUGAGAGAGAGUUUAGGGUCCUUUUAGAAGUCUGCCUACUCUUGAGGGUUUUAAUAGCUAGGAUAAAGAUUGAUAUAAUCAACAGCUCCAAGGUGAAAGUGCUGAACCACUGAGUUCAAACCUGACUACGACAGUCGUUAUAUUAUGUCGUCCUGGGUCACAGACCUAAGUCUUGUUUGCUUGACUGAACAGAACACAGAUUAUACUUCUUCACAGUUGAGAGGUUUUUAAUGCUAGCUUGGACAUUCAGACGUGAAAAUCAUUGCUGAAACAAACAACUAUAGAAAAACGGAUGUGUUAUGAGUGGACAUUGUUACCCGAGGGUGUUGUGGCAGCGCAUUUAAUUGUUAAUCUAGAAAUAGGUGAUAAGGUAGCACACUGGGCAAGAUGUGUAGUGGUAUGUCGUCCUGCACUUCGGGAGUUCAAAUUACACCGAGGUCAGUUUUGCUUGCCACCAUUCCAGGGUCGAUAAAAUAAGUACCGAGUUGAGCACUGGGGUCAAUGUAAUCGACUUAACUUGUCCCCGGAAAUUGCUGGCUUUGUGCCAAAAUUUGAAACUAAUAGAAAUUGAUAAGUUACAGUCAGGACAAUGAUGCAAGGGAGGUAACUAUGGUCUGCUAUAAAUAAUCAGGCCGUCAAAGGAGGAUUUGUUUGUGCAGUUUAUGGGUGUUGUAGAGACGAUGGCAGUUAUUAAUUGCACACGCACUGGGACACUCCACCCUACUACCACCACUGCUACUGCUACUACUACUACAGUACAAAAGUACAGCCAUUACACGUUAGCAAAACAUGGCCCGAAAGGCAUCAAUGCCACAAACUCCAUCCUUUUAAUUUUUCUUUUUAUCACUAAUCAUUGAUCAUCUCAAUCACUAAAAAAAUACAAUUAAUUUUUAUUGAAAUCUCUUUUAAUCAUCGACAGGGAUGGUCAUGGCUAGAGCCUUGUUGACUGUGGACCUACAAAGUCAGUGCCAACCUGCAACUAAGCACCAAAAGCAACAGCCCAACAUAUCUCCCUCCUCCCUCAUAUUUCUCUGUCUUCCCCCUCUCUCUCUCCUCUCUUUCCUCCUUUCUUCCUUCUCUCUUUCUCUUACCUUUUCAUGAUUCUCAGUCAAAGAUAUUUUUUGCUUUUGAGUUUUUUUCUUUUGUGUUUUUCUGGUUUUCAUUUCCGCCAUUACUUGUGCUGCUCUCGUCUCCACUAUAAAUGUGUACGACUAUAAAUUCAAUCCCACAGGUCGUUUUCUAUGUAUGUAUGUGUGUGUAAACUGGACAUACAUGUAUACAUCUAUGCCAGUACAUACAUAUACGAGUCUCUCUGUAUCAAUCUACAACUCCUCCAUCACCACCAUGACCAACCUCUCUGACAACCAUCAAAAAUGAAAUAUCCCCAACCCUUAACCCACCCCCUCCAUUGUUAUCUCAUUCGCUCGACGAAAUAAAAUACAAUAAGGUGACCAGACAAAUAACAAACCAUACUUUCUCCCAGAUCUGUAUGAUGGCGGGGCAAUGUGUUACAUCUUCUCUCCAUCAUGAUUGUCUUAAGUAUUGUACAAAAUAGAAUAGCUAAUUGCCUUAUUCGUUAAAAUCUAGAUAUUAAUUUGUAUUUAUAUUUCAAUAAAUCCAUUUACAAAGCCUCA